AUGAAUUAUAUUGUAUUAAGUGCUCAAGAACAGCAUCAUAAAGAAACUGCACAGACUACUUUUAAUGAAGUCGAAAACUCAUCAGAACUCAAAAGCAAACCUGAAAUCUUAGUUGAAUAUGAAAGCUUA